CGCGGGCAUCAUGAGGAUAUUAACAGCAUCCGGGCUCUUCCUGGCCUUCUGUUCCAUCUGGCUCUUGACCAUGGCCAUCAGCACAGACUACUGGUACGAAACAGAUGCGCGGAAACACCGGGACCGAUGCAAAAAAUACGCCAGCAAGAGAAAUGACCCAGGAUACAUAUAUAUUUCCAACCAAAACCUCCCUCUCCGGAUGCGACCGGAAGCGGCUCCUCUGCGGGGAUUCCUGCACCCUGCGCCCGCCAUGGAGUCGCGCUGCAGCCGCCGCUACAACUCGACCACAACCGGGCUCUGGAGGAAAUGCCAUCGAGAGGGCUUCGAUCUGGAGAACGAGGAUCUGAUUUUUAAAGGUUUGCUUCAACGCUGCACGCCGGUGAAGUAUUACUAUUCCUCAGCGAAUAUCCCACGAAAUCUACCUGUGAACAUCACCAAGACUAUCAGACAAGACGAAUGGCACGCUCUCCAUUUGCAGCGGAUGACUGCAGGUUUUAUCGGCAUGGCUGUGUCCAUCAUUGUGUUCGGCUGGACGGUUGGACUGCUGGGCUGCUGGAAACACAACGAGCUGAUGCAGUAUGUGGCGGGACUGCUCUUCCUGAUGGGAGGAACCUGCUGCAUCAUUUCCUUGUGCACAUGUGUGGCUGGUAUUAAUUUCGAGCUUUCGCGGUACCCGCGCUACCUGUACGGCCUGCCGGAGGACAUCAGUCAUGGGUACGGCUGGUCCAUGUUCAGCGCGUGGGGCGGGCUGGGUCUGACGCUGCUGGCUGGCUUUCUGUGCACACUAGCGCCCUCUCUGCACAGUCCCCAGACCACCACCACCACCACACACAAACCCCGACAGGAGAACGGCAUGGUGUGACGCUCGCACACUCCCACCAUCCGCGCAGAUACGUUAGCACUGACAUGUCAUUCUGAUGCAGACAAGUGUCUUUACAUAUCAGAGAAAAUGGCAAAUAAACAGUCACAUACACAGCAGACACACUGCAAGACUUCUGUAACAGGAAGGGGAAAUAAACAACGACCCAGAGUGCAGCCGAGUUAAACUUACUGGCGUUUGAACGAAAAAACAAAACAAAAACAUCUUAAUCAGUAUUAUCGUCUUAUUUUCCAGAAAAAAACCCCAAGAUAUCCCUUGUUAAAAAGAAGUGCACUUGUAUGUGCACUUGUAGUGUUUAUGAAACACUUUCAUGACUGACUGAUCCUUUAAGUACUUUUUUAAAAAAGUGAACUGUGAUAAUGUCAAAAAAGUUUUACUUUAAAGUACAUUUUAAAUCAUUGUGUUAAACUUUUGUUAUUUUGAUGUAGACUAACAUACAAAACGCAUGCAAAGUACAUACUUACAAUUUUAACUGUUGUGUGCGAUUUUGACAUUACAGUUUAAGUUAAUAUAAUGGAAAUGUACUAAACUGUAUUUAGUACAUUUCAUAUAUAUAAUUAAAUACGUGACAUACAAGUUUCAAUACAAAUUACAUGUACAUUUUAAUUUACUAUAACUCCAACAGAAUAAUGAAAUUAGAUAUAAAGAUGCAGGCUACAGAGGAGGGCCAAACUAACUGCACUGAAUAUAAAUUUAAACUAUAAUGCAUGUUCAUUCAAUAAGAUGCAAUUAUGUGUCCAAAAAACAUUACAUUUAGUUCAAACUCAAGUAUAUUAUAUUAUUUCCAUACUAAGUACCCCAAUUUACAGUAAUAGUGAACUUCUAUUUCACAAGGGAUAACCCUUUGCCAACAAGCCCAGGUGUCAAGAACAUUUAUAUUGUUUUUAAGGUUAUUUAGAUGUUUUUACUGGAAAACGAAGCAAAAAUACUGAUUAGACUAAACACAGACAGAAAAACAGACAUCUUCUCUGGUACAUAGCUGAUAUUUUACUGAAGAUUUGCGUCUCCAAUGGUGCUCUCUUUCUGUCUUUAUCUUUUGCCUGUAAUUAUGUUUCUAUCUUUCUGUCUUAAUGAUUGCGUCCUUUGCUUUUCCCAUCUGUUUCUCUCCUCCUUUCCUUCUGUCUCUCAAUGGAUUUAAAAGAGUGGCAAUGUCUCAGAGAAUGACAGAUUAAUAUUUUAAUUUAAUAAACUGUUCAGUGUUUUUGGCUUUGCCUGCUACGUAGUAAAGAAAACAACAGAUCAAGGCACAAAUAAUACAUACUUUUGUCCUCAGUGUCUUCCUAUAAAUGUUUGUUUUUUAAACUGAAAAUUUCGAAUAGCACAAGCAAAGUCAAUUUUGGAGUCCAUAUGUGAAAUGAAUCCUCUGUUUGUGCACAACACCUCAUUGUCGAGGAGUCUUUUGAAAAGCAGUGUUAAGAGAAAUUAGACUGGACAUAGUUUGUUUUUAAAAUUAUCAUUUAUGAACUUUUUUUAAAAUAAAAUUAUCCUGAUUCAUCAUUCAUUGGUUAUAAUGU